CAGACUUUUUAUACGUUUUUCAAAUGGCGAAUUUCCAGCUCAGGCAGUUCCACUUUUUCAAGCGCGACACGCUGGGCAGCCUGCCCGAGGUGUUUUCCAAGCCCGAGCUGCUCCUGGCCUCAAACAGCGGCGACCUCAUUUUCCUGGCUGACGCAGAUGGGUACAUUCACAUAGUCAACCGGUCGUUAAUAGUCAAAUCGUUCAGCCGCAUGUUGCUGACCAUUGAAGAAAACGUCAACACAGCAGCCACACGGCCAGUCAUCAAGCUGUGGGCAGUGGACCGGCUUUUGCGACAAGGCGACACCCAGCCUGUCGCUGUCAAAUACCAGCAGCCAAGCACCACGCCCUACCCCUUGACGGCAGUUGCAGCUACGCCAUCAAUCGGCCAGAUCGCGCUGGGAUUCGCUGGCGGCCAUAUUGUGCUGAUUCGCGGCAAUAUCGCCAAGGGCAAGGCAACGAAGCAGCGCACAUUGCAUCUGGCACCAGAACCCAUCACCAACCUGCACUUCUCGACAGACGACACAGGCACUAAUGUAGCGCUGUUUGCAACGACGACUGCUCAGACGCUGGUGUUUGACACUGCAAGCUCGUCGGGCGCUCGGGCGGAGCCAAACGUGCUGGAAGAGCGCGGGUGCGGCAUCGGGUGCUCGAUGGUCAAUGCACAGCAGACGAGGCCUAUCUACUUUUACACUGCGGAUGGCCGCGGUCCAUGCUUUGCCUUCGAUGCACCCAAGGUGCUGCUCCGGCACUACAAGCACUACCUGCUGCUGGCUACGGCGGUGCCCUCGGCCAUGGCUCCCAAUCUGCUUGACACGGGGUCUGCCGAGAGUCCUGUGCCGCAGCCCAACAGCCCUAGUGAUUCCAAGACAUAUUCGUACAACGACGCAACCACAUUCACAAUCCUCGAUACACGCAACAAACUAGUCGCAUACACAGGUGUAGUAGCCGGGGGUGUGCGCGGCGUGGCAGCCGAGUGGGGCAGUGUGUUUGUGCUUGGCGGACACGGCACACUGGAUCAUUUCAACGAGAAGGACCUGCUUGAAAAGCUCGACACGCUGUACCGCCAGAACCUAUAUCCGCUGGCGGUCAAAAUGGCCCAGAACGGAAACUACGACCAGGCGAGCGUUGCUGGCAUUUACAAAAAGUACGGUGACUGGCUGUACAACAAGGACGAGUUUGACUCUGCCAUGUCACAGUACACACAGACCAUCGGGUACGUUGAGCCGUCGUAUGAUGCCCAGCGUCUGGCCAGCCUGGCCGGGUACCUGCAGGAGCUGCACGCUGCUGGCAUGGCAUCGGCGGACCACACAACCCUGCUGCUGAACUGCUAUACUAAGCUGCGCGACGAGGAGCGCCUUGACAAGUUUAUCCACACGCAGGAGGAUUUCCAGUUUGAUAUCGAUACUGCCAUCCACGUGUGUCGCCAGGCGGGCUUCUAUAGCCAGGCGCUACAGGGCAUGUACCUGAAGCUCAAGGUCGAGGACCAGGAGGACAUCGAGGCUGCACUGGUAUAUAUGCGCAAGCUCAACGACGCCGACAUUUCUGUGUACCUAGCAGAGUUUGGGCGCCGCUGCCUAGCCAGUCUUCCCAAGGAGACCACAGAGCUGCUGGUCGAUGCUGACAACGAAAGUGAGACCGGCUCACUAUUGCGGUCGCUGCCGUCCAGCGCGCUCUCGCUGCGCAAGAUCCAGCACCUGUUUGCCGAUCAGCCGUCCUGGCUCGUGGCAUUUCUGGAGAGCAUCAUUGCCAAGCGGUGGCAGGAUCCGAGCAGCCUGAUCUCCGACGAGGAGCGCGACAUGCAGUCCGCCUGGAACACACUCUUGGAGCUCUACCUGUGCGGCGUCGAAUCCCCGCUGCAGCACGCACUGGAGCUGCUGCGCAAUCCGUCAGCACAGAUUGACUGGGACCGGGCAUACAUUCUCUAUGCAUCGGCGCUGUUGGAUCUAUAUAUCGAGGAGGACGACGUUGCCAACAUGCAGAAGCUGCUGGUGAAGCAUGGCGAGCAGCAACCGGACCUGUAUGUCAAGGCGCUGCACUACUUUGCGGCCAACCCGCAGCAUGCUGACAACGAGCAGUCGCUGGCGCAGUGUCUGGCGACGAUUGAGCGACAUAAUCUGAUGUCGCCGCUGCGUGUGCUGCAGGCGCUGGGCGGUGACGGCGAGUCGGGUGUGACGCUCGGGAUGCGGCAGAUCGAGACGACCACGCAGCGGAUUGCCCAGAACGAGAAGGAUGUUGUGGCAUAUGCGGCCGACUUCAAGAAACACCACAGCCAGAUGCUCGACCUGCAGACAAAGCCGGUGGUGUUUCAGAGCACCAAGUGCUCGUCGUGUAUGGCGCCGCUGGAUCUGCCCAGCGUCCACUUUAUGUGUAAGCACUCGUUCCAUCAGCGGUGCUUGGGCGACGAGACCGACAGCUGCAUACGGUGCAAAGCCCAGAACCAGAGGCUCGAGGAUGAGCGACUGCGCCAGGAAACCAACAGCAAGAAGCAUGCCGAGUUCUUUGACAAGCUGCAAAGCAGCGACGAUGGCUUUGACGUCAUUGCCAGCUGGUACUCAAUGAGUCCGUUUGCCAACGUCAAGCUGGUAGACCAGUAGAUAUAUUUUUUGUUAAAAAGAAAGCUUUAAUGCAGCGGG